AUGGCGGCAAAGAACGCGAUUCCUAGCGAGUACCACAGCGCCAUGGUGAUCAAGAAAAUCAGAUUUGAAAAGUGCAGAUCUCGAGUUGUGUCUGAAAGUCAACUGGUGGUGCUCCGUACUUUGAAGCAUGCAGGAAGCAGCAUCAAAUAUCAAUGCGGGCUUCGCCCGAUGGCCGAGGAAGUGUCACACGGUCCCAAGAUGGCACCGCCCAGCCAUCGUACAUACUCGGAGGAGGGCCGAGUUGGCAAUGAUCAUCUCGCAAAUGCGGGGGUGAGAUUGUUGAAAUACGGGGGCUCCGUGCAGCCGUCGAGUGAAUGGGCCAAUAAUAUUUUGAUGGAGACGAUGAGCAGGGAAAAGGGAAACCAUGCCAAUGGGUCUUAUUUGUGA